AGAGAGAGAGAGAGAGAGAGAGAGAGAGAGAGAGAGAGAGAGAGACCUCUGCUCAUUCGAUCUAUCUCUAUGGAAUCUCUCCUGUUCCUCUUUUCUCCUCCUUCUCCUCCUCCUCCUCCCCUUCUCCUCAUCCUUCGUUAGCUUCUCCAAACCAUUCGCUGUGAGUUAGUUCCAGGAUUUCGUGUGUGUUAAUAACCACAGUGUUGUGUUCUCAGCAGAGUUCGGAGGUCUACAUCGUUCAAGGGCUUCUGGUUUAUGACAACCUAAACGCAAGUCGGACACAAAAGACGUCGGUCGUCAUGGUGACCUAGGAAGCAGACGUCAGAAUUUGCCAUUCGCCUCGGCGCUAUUAUCCCAGUGCAGUCUGGAAUUAUUUCUUUUCUUUUUGUUGUUUUGUUUUGUUCAAGAUUAAAAACAGAUGGACGGAAGGAUCGUUCACAAUUCAGAGGAGUAUGGAUAAAACCCAGUGCUUUUUUGUGCGUGCAUCUCGUUGGUAUUAGAAUCGGCCUUGACCUUUUCAAAAGUUGACCCACAAUGACGGCGAUGGAGGAGGAUGUGGAUGACCGAUUCGCAGGGAUCGAUAUCGAUUCUCUUCUGAACCGGCGAUCUCAAGAGAGGAAGCCUUUCAGCUAUGGACGGAAGAAGGCGCUUUAUGAAUCUCCGGAAUUUAUCCAGCGUCUGUCAGGCGAGGAGACGGUGCUGGAGGGCCAGUCCCUUGUCCUGGAAUGUAAAGUUCAGGGAUUCCCAGCCCCAAGUCUUCGCUGGUUCAAGCCAAAAAGAGCAACAAACGAAAAAAAGACUCGAAAAGCGCUCCCAACAAGAGGACCGUGUCGUUCCCUCCGAUGUUUGCCACCAUCGUGGAGAAAGUGGAGGAAGAGGAGAAACAAGGGAAAGAACUGGAGACCCUCCCGCCCUCGCCCAUGACUGACUUCUACUACGCCCUGACCCUCAAAGGACGCCAGACGUGGCCUACUUUCGUCGGAGACUGGGCCUUCGCUAACGGUGCGCAAGAUUUGAACCAUACCCGUCGCAGAAAUUCCACGGGUAGUAUGGAUAGCGAAGGUCUGGACUACACCAGUGAAGAGGAAAGCUCAGAUGAUGAUGAUGAGAACGAAGAAGGAGAAGAAGAAGAAGAAGAACAAGGCCCACCGUCUAAAAGGCCCCUUUUCUAUUUAGACCACAGUUUAGAAGCAGAAGACCUGGAUGGCCCCACGCCACCAGCUGCUGACCUUGCUGUUUGCAACAAGAAUUCACUCGAUUUGAAUCGUCCACGAGCAGAAAAUAGCUCGGAUGUUGAAAACAAACAAGGGAGAACAAACAACUCUGGGACGGAAUCAAUGACGGGUAAUCCCCAAGCUGCUAAAGGCCUGAAAAGACAAAGCCAUGCUAUUUUGGACGAAAAUCUUAACCCCCAAACAACUACGUUAGGAACGGAAGAAAAUAAAAAUAUUCCGUCAUCUACGUCUGUUAAAGAAAACAAGUCUCUUACGACUGAAGCCGUGAACAAUGUCGAAACAGGGGAAGAUGAACAAGAGGCGGAGAUCCCACCUAAAGAAGAAGGAGCUCAGAGAAAAGGACGAGGAAGUGAUAUACAGCGGGGAAAGAUGACUGUCAAAUGCGUAAACGUCAUCACUCCUUGCGCUAAGGGGGAAGCAACUCCUCCUAUCGUUGUUGAGAUGUGGGAAGAUGACAAGGAGGCAGCAAAUGCUAAUGACGUCAAUAAGUCCGGGGGCGUGCCACCAGCUCUUUCUGUGGCAGAACCCAACAGAGAAGACCGAGAACCCACGCCAUUUUUCAGGGACAGCGGGAUGAGAAGUCCGACCUUGAAUAUAUCGCCUGGUCAACAGAAGCAGACGAUUCCACAGUUUACUUUAUCAGCUGACGUCACCGGCGACAGAAAUGAGAGGGAACCCACACCUUUCUUCAAAGGCACUUCGACCGCUGCGUCUGAGAACGUCAAACCGCCGUCUCUCAACGUUCCAGGUGCGACAUCCUCAGGAGACGGUAGCUCCGAGUUUCACCGAGAGCCGACGCCAAUCCCAAUGUUUGAUAAAAAGGUCACCAGCGUAGGUCAAGGUCACACUUUACAGCUGCCUGGCGCAGACUUCCUCAGCGUCCGUGGCCCCCGCGAGUCCACGCCUUUCUUUACAGAGGAGGAGAAAGAACAAAAGAAUCAGCAAAACGAAGCCGGUCUACUUCCCGUGAACCCCCGGAGAUUCUUCCCCCUUUCCCUCUCUCCAUCCCCGUGCUCAUCACCAGGGUCUUCGGCCUCUCCCUCCCCUCUCAAUUCUCCAACGUCCUCCCCUUUCCUCGCUCUUCCCUCUUCCCCUGAAGUAGGUUCAGAGGAUAGACCACCCACACCUUUCUUUGCAAGUGAAGACGGCCAUCACCCGCACUACCACCAUCACCUCACUCCCAGAGGCCAGUCUCUGUCGCCUGAGAGACAGCUUCCGAUCGAGUCUUUGAAAACAACCAUGAACCAAGUUCAAGCUACGAUACAAAGAGAGCAGUCACCCGUAUCCUACCGAAGCCUGGACUCGAAACGAAUUGAAAUGUCCAGUAAAAUUACACUGAGUUCAGAAUCCGCAGCCCCGCAAAUGAAAAAUCGUCCAGUUAGUGCGUCAUCAGAACAAGCCCACAUCACUGCUAGCGCAGAAACUUCUUCCUCUCUGCUUGCAGAAAGUGCAGAAGCAAAACCAGCCAUCAACGAAACACCACAAGUGUCUCAUUCUUCUCCUCCCGCUUCUCACAAAACGAUUCAGUCAGCAAUAACCGAUAAAGCUGUAGGCUUGGAUAACAAGACAAAUACCUCAAAAAGUAAUCAAAACACAAAACAAGGUGGCACCAAACGAGUUGCUCUCUCAGCCUUACAAGUGGCUUCUGCCGGAACAAACCACGGCGGCCCACCCUCUCCAACUCGGUCUUCCUCUCCACAGGUCACCUAUCAAUCUACAGUCAAAGACACAGCUGGGCCAAAGCCUGGACAGAGCAAUAGGAACGCCUCCGCGUCGCCAACUUUUCAUGUGACCAUAGGGGUGAAGUCAGAUCUCCUUAUGCAGGCAUCUGCAUCUGCCAGCCAAACUUCAAGUAGCUCUGUGAAUGGUACUUCAAAAUCACCCUCAAUGCCGGUCGGAGCUACAAAACCCACUACUGUAUCUGCCUCCGUUGUUUCCUCAUCUGAGCAGACUAAAAAUAACAACAACAAUAACAACACCAGUUCCACAACAGGAACAACAAAAACAGUUGAGAUGAGUAAACGAAUUACAACGAAAAGAACAACGACAACAAAGUCAGCACUGUCAAGCUCUGAAACAAAAGUUGUUCAGAAACCUUCAGCGCCACCGAAUAGUGCCCAGGGAAUAUCACCCACACAGUCGGCAACAGUAACCAAGACGACGGUAAUACCGGUUGCCGUCGCAACAACGCCCAUCUCCGCGAAGUCACAAGAUGCCCGCACUUCGGGAAUCCCCGCACCACACGCAAAAUCUGGCACGCAGCCGGAAAGUACGAGUCAGCACGUCGUCGUAACAAAACCGAGCACCCUUGCCAAACCUGCGGCAAACAACAAGUCUUCGGCAACAACCCUGUCAUCACCAUCGUCAUCACCAUCAUCAUCAUCAACAACAACGACAACGACAACAACAAAUAUGAAAGGCGUCACGAAAGCAGCCAGAACAGCCCAGAACGGGGGCGCCGCGUCAACUGCUGAAAUGGCCGCUCACAGAGUUAAUGCUACUAAAGAAAACACGAAAACACUCGUUACAACAACCGCCAGAACCUCUGUGGCGCCCACCACGUCACAACCAGCUGGCACUACCACCGCCAGAAAUUCUCCCGCGGAUGCCAACAGAGCCACUCCAACAGCUUCAAAGAUCGCUAUCCCCACAUCUAAGCCUCAGGGUGGGACUGGGACAAAAAUACCCACACCAGCCGGGGGAAAUAACCCUGCAAGUACUGAAGCUUCUCCUGCUCACCAAACAACAACAACAUCCUCGGCAACAGACGUACGGCAAAAUACAAAACCAUCAUCAGGAAUGCUAGCUCAAACGAAAAGCAGCAGUAGUCAGAUGGCAGGGAAAUCCCCUUCUACUCAGGUCGCUUCAGCGUCACUUGACGCAACCAAUGCUAAAAAUAGCAAAACCUCUGGGAUUUCCUCCGUUUCUCAAAGUGCAAGCACACCCAAGACUUCAGUUCCCCAAAGUUCUCCAACUGGCCCUUCUUCAAGUACGGACCCAAAAUCUGUACUCGCCAAAUCUUCAGCAAUUACGGAGGACGCUAACUCUAAACGGGAAUCUAAUCCAAACAUGGUCAAACCCCGCUCAGUGUGCGGAUCGCCUGACCCAUCUGCAAUUCCUGCCACACUCACAAAAGUCCCCGUGAUCUCGGCGCCAAUACAGCUGACGUCUGCCAUAGCCCAGUCUGUCACGUCUGUUCCGGCAAUUCCCCAGGCACUUUCCCGCCCUCCGGUGUCUACGGCACUCGAGCACGUCACGACGGGAAACGGAAACGGGAAGGCGGGAAGUAAAUCUGGAAGUGGAACAGCAGUUCUGCCCAGAUUCUCAUCCUUACUGAAAUCGAAAAAUGCUGGCCCGGAUGACAAAACGAAGAGCAAAAACUCUGACACGGCACCUCAAAAAGGAGGAAAAGUGAAGAAGGUGAAAGUUCACAGUACUAAAUCAAAAACUAAACUGUCGUCGGAACCUAGCAGCGGGGAUUCGGCUGUUUCCGGGAGAACUCGGCGUCGUAAAAGUAGCGGAGCGAGCCGAAAUCUCGUGAAAUGUUCACCGUUCGGCCGGUAUACGACAGAAGGUCUGAUCCUUAUUCUGUUCGCCACUGCCUUCUGUCUGCAUCUGCAGAUGGGAGUGGAGAAGUUCGUCUGCUACAUCCUGGCUUCCUACUACACCUUCUGCGUUCUUAGAGUGCUUGGACUGCUAGACUGAUGUGUUGACAAUUCUAGUGUUUUAGCUAGGAGAUGUUAGUCCUUUAGGCUAGUGUAGACAACGGCUUCAUGAUACACUGUAUUCUAUUAAGUGAUUCAUAUUGAGUGAGCCCGUUUUGAUUUUUUUCCCUGUGAUAUGUGAAAA